CUCAAGUUUACCCUGACGAGCCAGCAAAGUAUCUGACAAAAAUGCGACUGGUUUCCAUGCUCCUGAAACGUCUCCCCUGGCGGAGAGCGCCAGACCCUGCAUAUCCUGUCUUUCCCCCGCCUCCACCCGAAAAGCUGCUUGCCGAUUCUGACCAUUAUCGCCUACGUCUCGGUCAACGCGCCUGGCGAACCCCCAAAGGCGAAACAGAGGACACGCCACUUUACUCAUUGUAUAGACUUUACGAGAGACUGGUAUUGAAUGACAACAUUGGCCUGCGCAACGAACUCGAGUACUUCUUUUAUGCAAAGUGGCCAGUUGCCUCGAUCCCAGAUCCGCGCGACUCCUCUGAAUCGCGCUAUGCUGUUCUUGCCGCGAUUCCGGCAUUGUUGGUUGAAUCUUUCAAUGAGAGAAUCGGCCUGGGACUUCCACGAAAAGCAGAUCCCAUUGUCUCACGUGAAGAGUUGGAACAAUAUCAAAAGGAGGACAAGAUCUUCGAGGUGGUCCCGGACUGGGCGAACCGAGUUGCGCGGCUCAAGAAGACUUUGGUGAUUCCUCAUGAGGACGCUGAAGUCCUAGAGUCCUUCGACGAUGAACGAGCUAGCCCUCAGCUGGCAGCCAAGAAUAUCCUCCAUUGGCAACCGCACAUCCAUUUCAUUUAGAAGCUCGAGCGAGGCAGCAGCGGUUCACGUUGCGUCCUUGGACCAAGUCUGAGAUCCACAAAGAUCGCGUUUUUAUCCUCGCUUGACAGCCCGCUCGGCGCAAAACCAGCUUUGGCAACGAGCGUAUGUGCUGGCUGUUCGAUAUUUUGCUUCGCGGUGAUCUUGGCCCAGAGAACCUUCAGAAUUUCAACCACGCCAUACCAUCCCCAGUGCAUUUGCCGUUUGUCAGUGAUGGCUUGCAUACCGUCGUGCUCGAUAUUGGAAAUGCCAAACGCGCCAUGGAUAUGCCCACACACAACCAUCUUUGGCUGCACCUUUCGUAUCUCGCGCAAGAGAUACCCAUAUCCUUUGACUUUGUGCUUUCCCGUUGGUCCGUUCUCGCCGUCAUAGUCCCCAUACCGCGCCGGGGGCCCGUGAGCCACGAGGAUACCGGUGUCUGCGGGUAUUAGUCCAGUCCAGACGUCUCGAAUGGCAGGGUACUGAAAGGCCCAGCGACCGAAUUCGGGAGUCAAUGGAGAACCAUAGAUCUUCACUUGGCGACGACGCGUUGAGUCACGCCCUUCUUCCACACUAUCAGCGGCAAUGAGCGGUUCAAUUUCCAGUAUGACUGCUUCGUUUUGCAGA